UUGAAUCCGUCAGAAUAUUAUAUUCUAAUCAGCUAAAGUACUUUAACUAUGUCUAACGACUAAUGAGUCGAAAAAACAAUUGAAGAUGAUGAAAAUGGUUUCACUCAAAUUUUCUUCAGCAGUCUUGCACUUUGUUCUUCUUAUCAGCUUAGUCACCAUCCAUGCCAGUGCAACACCACCAACUUAUCUCUCUCACAACUGUAAAAAUUCCACAUCUUUUGCCCCUUACAGCACCUACGCAUCCAAUCUUAACCUCCUCCUCCUCUCUCUUCGCUCCUACGCUUCUAACGUCAAGGUCUUCACUGACUUCUACUACGCCACUGCGGGCCGCAAGCUUCCCGAUGUCGUUUUCGGGAUAUUUCUCUGCCGCGGUGACGUCUCCAAACUCAUAUGUCAAGAUUGCGUAGUCAACGCUUCCGAAGAGAUACAAAGGCGGUGCCCAGACAAGAAAAAGGCCGUAAUCUGGCACGAGGAGUGCCUGUUGCACUACUCCGACCAGCCCAUCUUUAACGUCUCCGAUACAAGCUCAGUGAAUUCCUUUCCUGGCUUGAGAAAUGCUAGUACUAGUACUACCGUUACGGAUAACGAUCAGUUCGAGCUGUUUAUAAACAGCAUGGUUAACACGUUAGCAUUUAACGCGGCGAAUCCUCAUUAUGAUCAGACAAAGAAGUUCGCCGUGGACAAACGGACCUUCACUAGCUCCGAGACUGUGUACGGAUUGGCACAGUGCACGCCGGACUUGUCGGUAGCCGAUUGUAGUAAGUGUUUCCGGUCAGCCAUAGAGGAGAUUCGGGUGUGCUGCAACGGGCAACGGAGCGUAAGGCUUCUUCUGCCGAGCUGUUAUAUCAUGUAUGAUUUACACAUGUUUUUCAACGCAGCAGCAUUGGAGACUCCUCCUCCUGCACCACUUCCUCCUCCACCUCAUCCAGGAAAGAAAAAAAUAUCGUCAAUAGUCAUUGUAGCCACUGUGGUUCCCGUUUUUACUGCCUUGCUAUUUGUCACGGGCUGCUACUUGCGCUGGAGAGCAAGAAAGAAAUAUAAUGCUCUAAUUACUCAAGAAACUGUUACAAAUGAUAUCACAACGACGAACUCCUUGCAGUAUAAUUUUAGGAUUAUUGAAACUGCCACAAACAAAUUUUCUGAUUGUAACAUGCUCGGUAAAGGCGGAUUUGGUCAAGUUUAUAAGGGAACGCUUCCAAAUGGACGAGAAAUAGCUGUGAAGAGAUUAUCCAAGAGCUCCUCCGGGCAAGGCGCACGGGAGUUUAAGAAUGAGGUUGUAUUGGUAGCCAAGCUUCAACACAGAAAUCUCGUAAGGCUUUUGGGCUUUUGCUUGGACGGAGAAGAAAGGAUACUUGUCUACGAAUACGUGCCCAACAAAAGCCUUGAUUAUUUUCUAUUUGACCCAAAAAAACAAGGUCAAUUGAAUUGGUUGAUAAGAUGCAAUAUAAUUGAAGGAAUUGCUCGAGGAGUUCUAUAUUUGCAUGAGGAUUCUCGGCUAAAAAUUAUACACCGUGAUCUCAAAGCAAGUAACAUCUUGUUAGAUGAGAAAAUGAAUCCGAAAGUAUCAGACUUUGGCAUGGCCAAAUUGUUUGGAGUAGACCAAACUGAAGGAAACACCGGAAGAAUUGUUGGAACUUAUGGUUACAUGGCUCCAGAAUAUGCUAUGGAAGGAUUAUAUUCCAUAAAGUCCGAUGUUUUUAGCUUUGGAGUGCUCUUGCUUGAGAUUCUAAGUGGGAGGAGGAACACUAGCUUUCGCAUAACAGAUUGCGCGCUUAACCUCAUAGCAUAUACAUGGCAUUUAUGGAAUGAAGAGAAAGCAUUGGACUUAGUGAAUCCUUGUUUGCGAGACUCAUGUCAUCCAAAUGAAUUUUUGAGAUACAUCCAAAUUGGGUUAUUGUGCGUUCAAGAAAAUGCAUUAUUAAGGCCUACCAUGUCAUCAGUGGUUCUAAUGCUGAAAAGCGAAGUUCAGAGUCUUUCCCAACCUGAACGACCUGCCUUUAUUACUAGUCGAUACACUAGCCAGCAAGAAAUAAUAGCUGUUAAUAGUUGUUCUGUCAACGAGAUUACAGUUUCUGAUUUUCUCCCCAGAUAAUGAGCGAGACAAGAAAUUGUAGAAUCAUAAAACUAAUGUCUCAUCAUAUAAAUUAAUCCUAUGGAAAGGCUACAGCUACAUAUGUUUCUCAAUCUUUUCUGUGAUCUUCAUUCAUUAAGGAGUAGCGACUUCACCACUCCUAAUUCCU